AUGACCUCUCAAGCAGUGGUCGUCAUGGCGCCCGAAAAGCCCAAACUAAAUGACAAGACCAUGUCGGUUUUCCUCGCAGGCAUUACAACAAGCACAGACGAAGCAGAUUGGCGCCAAACACUCACAAAUGCACUGUUUGACCACCCAGUCACAAUCUUCAACCCGAAUCGACCUGAUUGGGAUGGCACUUGGAAGGAAGAUUUCUCUGACAAACGUUGGGAGGAGCAGGUUUCAUGGGAGCUGGAUAUGCAGGAUACCGCGGACGUUGUCGUUUUCUUUUUCCACAAAUCUACGGAUGCGCCGAUCAGUCUUUUGGAGCUUGGAUUGGCUGUCAGAACGAAGACAGUUGUUGUUUGUGCCCAGAACGAGUACAGAAAGAGAGGGAACGUUGAGGCUGUUUGCCGAAGGUUUAACGUGCAAUUAUUGAGCACUGAAGCGCAACUCCGAGAUUGCUUGAUCGAUAUCUUGGAAAGGAACAAGUGGCAUAGAUUACCUCCUUUCUCACUAUCCGACUUUUGUUUCGUGAAUAACAUCAUGUCAACUCCAAUGCUUACCGACACUGGCCCUGACCCCGGCCCCGACCCGGAGAUGGCACAGCUAGCUGAUCGAGUUCGCAACACAACCGACGCACGCAGUAAGGAACAUUUUCGUCAUACUAUCGGGGGCUUUGACCCUCGAGCCCAAGAAAUUGAACUCCCAGCCAAAUUCGUGGAAAAGAAAGAGGUUGACCCCAAAAGAAUGGAUGCCAUCAAAACCAUUUUCUUAAUUAUGCGUCGACGGGACACUACCUUCAAAAAACUUGAAAAACGGCACUUUGGAACCCUUAUGAAGAUGCCGAUUCAUUCUCUUGAAGAUUUGAUCGAUAGGACAAGCCUUCACCCCUUGAUCAAGGACAUCCUCGAAGACACGCAUACGAUGGCUACCAGGUUCCUGAGAAAGACCAAGGGAAAAAAGAAAAACGUUGAAAGUCUGGGAAGAUUGACCAGUCACGCAGAUCAUGCGAGGAAACGCGACGAGAACACAUGCGUUCUCACACGCGCUGCUAUAGUUGAGAUGGCGCAUGUUUUCCCCUUCUCAGCCACCUCUAGCCCUUCGGCAGUUUCGACUACUCAGGGCCUUUUCGACGUCAUGCACUGGAUUAUGGGAUCCGCCUUCAUCGAGAGCAACAAGUCUAUCGUCAAGCUUCGAGGCACUGAAGCUAAAUGGAACAUCUUUGGCCUGGACCGAAAGGUUCAUUCUUGGCUCGAUGAGGGCCUAGUUGCGUUUCAGUCCAUGGGCGUCGAAGAGGAAACCCAGGGUUACCGAACCAGCUACAAAACACGGCUCAAAUUCCACUUCCUUCCCAAAUGCCAGUUCGAAGGCAAUGCGGAGACGACCGAGCAGAUUGAAGCCACCCUAUCGGCCAUCAACUCUCACCUCCACGACCAGCAACAACAGGGCCUUCCCGCUAGACAGUUUGAUGGGCCUGGAUAUAUUGGCACAUUCUUCCCGAGCGGCGAGCGUGUUAAGAGUGGGAGCAUUUGUUAUAUCACGCACGAGGAACCGGAGGAUGCUUACAAGAGUGCUGAUAUCAUCCUUCUACAGUGGGAAUGUAUGGUGUUGCUGAUGAUGGCUGGUGAAUGA